CGAAGGAGUAGAGAGCACGGGUCGGUGGGAGAGCCGGCCAGCGCGAGGCCGCGGACGCAGGCGGGGCCAGAGCGGGGGCGGGGCGAGGCGGUUCCGGAAGGAAGUGGUUCCGGGUCCCGUGGCCCGGCGGUGGUAGCUGUGGUACCUCUGCUGUGGGAGGCGGCGGCCCUGCGAGGGGCGAGGCCCGAGGGGCUGGCGGCCGGGCUGGCGGCGGCGGCGGCCGGGCUGGCGGCGGCGGCCGAGCUGCCGGCGGCGGCGGGGACUUCCCGGCCGGUGUAAAAGCGGAUGGUGGCUCAAGUGUCAGAGGAUGGCACGGUCACGCUCUCGAUCCCCCAGGUGGAAACACAGGUCUUUAUCACCAGUACCUAGAAAUUCUGAACACUACAAGCAAAGACAUUCUCAUGGGCAUUAUGGCUGUGAAUAUAGGAAGGAUCCAAAAAGACCCAUCACUUGGCGAAUGGACAGUGAGAAACAUGGACAGAGUAAACCAAGGAUUCCUUCUCGUGGAAAUGUGCAUUACCGAUCUUACGAACACAGAUCACCUUCCCCAAAUUUAAGAAGAGACUCUUUAGAAAAUGUUUAUACUUACAAGCCUUACCGAGCAUACUUGUCAGGAAGAGGAGAUAGUAACAGAAGAUCUCACUAUAUGCCCAAAUACUCAGAAGAUGUACCCUACAAAGAGUACCCGAGGAACUGUUAUUCCCAGAAAGGCGAAGGAAGGUAUAUUCCUGAUGACUACAGAGUCAGAGGAAGUGGAAAAGGAGGGAAACCGCCUCCGAGGUCAAUAGCAGAUUCUUCUCGGUUUGAAGGAAAGUGGCACGAAGAUGAGUUGAGGCACCAGAGGAUACAAGAUGAAAACUAUUCUCAGUCACUGAGAAGAGGCUCUGAAGACUUUGAGAAAAGGAGCUCUUUUCCGAAGAGGUAUCCUGAGGAUCGUGAUUUCAGAAAAUAUGGAUACACAUCAAAAAGACCUAAAGAUGUGGAGAGGUAUGAAAACAGAGAGCCUGCCAGGAGCCCUCAGUGGAAGUUCGGGCAUUCUCUUCCAUCUUACCAAGAGAAGAAAGAGCAGCGGAACCUUGGACCGCACACUCAUCGACGUGCUCAGAGGGAACCGCCAGAGACCAGUUCAGCAGCCAAGGUAUCCUGUGACUAUCGCCACAAACGCCGUAAGACCUCAAGUGGGGACCAGGACUUUCCAGAUGGAAGAAUUCAGAAGUACUCUAAGGAGGAAGAUAGAAAGUCCAGUUCUCAAAAAGGCCCUGAAAAUAGACAGUCCAUUUGUUUUAAUGCUGGAAGAGGGAGAGAGACUGAAGGUGGGCAAGUGAAAGAACCUUCCAAACCAUCUAAGAAAGACUGCACUGACUGCACUGCCUCUACGCAUUCAAGUAAAAAUGAUGUUGGCUUGAGACCCUGCAGUGACAAACGGAAGGAGAAAGCAAAGAAAGAAGGGGAUGGCAGGAAAGAGAGCAACUCUUCCAGGAACCAGCUCGAUAAAAGUAACCUUUCCAAUGUGAAACCUUCAUCCGCCAGUCUUAGGAAGAAAUCACUUACUGUUAAAAUAGAUGUGAAGAAAUCACUAGAUACAUCCAGGGUUGCUUCUAGCUAUUCCACAGAGAGACAGAUGUCACAUGAUUUGGUUGCUGUUGGCAGGAAAAGUGAGAACUUUCAUCCAGUGUUUGAACAUCUUGACUCAACUCAGAAUACUGAAAACAAACCUACAGGAGAAUUUGCUCAGGAAAUCAUAACUAUAAUCCAUCAAGUUAAAGUUCCAGCCCCUCUCACCCAAAGAAGUGUGAUUCUUGGCAGAAAGGGAGGUGGUAUUGCAGAAAAAUCCAGGCGAUUGUCCCAGAACAGGAACACAAAUUAUUUUCCAUCAUCUGACAUUACUCUGCAUGAGCGUUUUUCAAAAAUGCGAGAUAUACAAGCUGCAGAUGUAAAUGAAAUUAAAUUGAAUUCAGAUCCAGAAAUUCACAGGAGAAUAGAUAUGUCUUUGGCUGAGCUUCAGAAUAAACAAACUAUGGUAUAUGAACCAGAACAGACUCUGGUCAAAAUAAUAGAUCCAAAUGAUCUACGACAUGACAUUGAAAGAAGGAGAAAAGAACGGUUACAGACUGAAGAUGAGCACAUUUUUCACAUAGCUAGUGCUGCAGAGAGGAAUGAUCAGCCCUCCAGUUUUUCGAGGUUGAAGAGUACUCAUGCCGAUGAAUUCCAAAAACCUAUGGAUUUUAUAAAGUCAAAUUUUAGAAAAUUUAUUCAGAAACCUCACAUGAAUUAUACUAUGCAGAGAAAAGACAUCAUUACUCAGAAACCCUUUGGAGUUGAGGGAAGACGUCAAAACACAGCAGGCUUUAGAAGACCUUUUAAGACCAACUUCAGAGGUGGCCGAUUCCAGCCCCACUAUAAAUCAGGCCUAGUACAGAAGAGCUUAUACAUUCAGGCUAAAUAUCAGCGGUUACGAUUUGCUGGUCCAAGGGGAUUUAUCACUAAUAAAUUCAGAGAAAAAUUACUGAGGAAAAAAAAGAUGUAAGUCCUGAGAAACUUUGUCUGUAUGAUUAAAGUAGAUGAGAAUGGAAGGACUUUUCUUGUAGCAAUGCCACUUGGUUCUUUGGACUCACUCUGAAUUAUAGGCCAAAAAAACCACUUAGUGAUCUGUCAUUAAAAACUGUUUUGAAUGUUUACUUUUACUUUACGACUUUGUCCUCCUUCAAUUUUAUUAAACAGAAGCAAAGACUCAGAAGCCAUGUGGCUUGCAGAAGUAUGCUACUUACUACUAGCUGCUAGGGCAGGUUCAUUUUCUUGACAUCAUUGCCAGUAUUUCCAAUUAUCCUGUUUUGGGGGAUCCCCAGGUAACGCAGAGUAGUAAAAUUCAGGAUGAGAAGGUGUAUCUUUCUCAUAUAAAGUAGGAGAUGAGGGACCAGCCCUAACCAGUUGUGCAGACAGGUUAGUUUUGGAAAGUGAACACUGGGAAUUUGAAGAUUUAGAUAUUACUUCUUUCCAAACUGUCUGUCCCCAUAUGCUCCUUGAAAAGUCUUCACGUGUCCCUAAUGGUAGGCAUACCCCAGUUUGAUAAUUGCUGACAUACUUAACCAAGCCUCUGCUGAUGACUUUGGGGUAGCUUCCAGGUUUUCUUUAUUUUCGGUAACACCACUGGGCACACUGACAUUUUGGUACCUUGCCAUAGUCUGCCUUUUACUUGUUUCUCCUCUGACCAGAAGUACCUGAAAAGGCCUGUUUACCUGCACCCUAGCCAGUUCUCUACAUUAUCAGUCUUUGUUAUCCAUUGUCAAUCUAAUAGAAGAAAACAGUUCUCAUUUACCUUUCUUUGGUUAUUAAUGAUGUAAGCCUUGUUUUAUGGGUCUAUUGGCUGAUUGCAUACCUUUCCUCAAUUUCCUUAUUUCUGUGUUUUGCCAGCAUUUCUGUUGAGGGAUAGUACUUUUUCUUAUUUAUUUGUAAGCAUUCUUGAUUUAUUGAGGGUAUUAACCUGUCAUACAUUUUGCUGGUAUUUAUUUUAUGUUUGUCAGUUGUUUUUGGUGGCUUUUACAUCACAAAACUUAUAAAUGUUCAUGAGUUUAUUUGAGUUGGUUCGAUAUGGCUUCUAGAUUUCUUAUCAUACUUAUCCUUACAAAAAUUCCUUAUGGUAUUUCCUUUAAGUGGUUUUAUGGUUAAUUCUUUAAACAUAUACAUAUUUAUUCCCUUUAGAAUUCAUUUUUAUGAAAUAACAUGAGCUUAGAAUCUAAUUUUUCCCAAUGAAUCGUCAGUUUUUAAACACCAUUAGUUAAAUAAUUUGUCCUUUCCCCCACUGAUUGAAAACGCUACCUUUAGCAUAUGCUACAUUCUUACAUAUUCCUCAUCUGUCUUUGGAAUCUUCGGAGCCUCUAACUUGUUUCCUUGUCUGCUGUGAUUUACUUAUUCUGUCCAUUUGCUACUAGCACAGUUAUUGUCCCAGAACACAGACUGAAUCAUGUCACUCUUAGGCAAACCCCUUCCAAGGAUUCUAUUGCCUACAAGAGAAGAGACCAGACUUUAUCGCCAGCUCCAGUCCUAAUAAGCUGCCUUUCUAAGCACAAUUCUUCAUGGACCUUCUGCUUUUUGGAGCAUAACAGACAUUUCCAUGUGCUUGUGUUUGCUGCUGGUGUUCUCUUGCCCAGAAGUAGCCUCCUGAUCCUCAUGGUUUUCUUAUUAAAACCCUUUUUUCCUUUUUUAAAACCUGUUUUCCUUUUAAGACCCACUGUGAAGCCUCAUCAGGGCUGCCUCUUGUUCCAUUUGGUCUCUUACUGUUGCUGUGUACCUUCCUGUUUCCCCAAAUAGAUCAUCAUCUCCUUGAGGAUAGAGGGUACCUCUUCAGUCUUCAUAUCUUCCCCUUUUUGCCUUUCAUAUAGCCUGUCUUCAGAAAAUGCCUGUUGAGUAGAAUCAAGCCUAAUCAUAUAUACAUACACACGCUCUCACAUGUCCAUGUAUAGCUCUAGAAAGUUAGUGAGUGGUAGCCAUCGUGUCGGGGGUCCCCAGGACCAGCCCCAGGUUUGGUGAUUGGCUGGGAACACUCAGGAGACUGAGCAUACGGUUACACUCACAGCUGUGAUGUGUUAGAGUGAGAACCGCACAGCACAUCGGCAGAGGGAAUUGGCACGCAGGUGACGCCCAGAGGACACCAGGUGCAAGUUUCCCAGGGUCCUUUCCCAGUGGAGUCGCACAGGACGUGCCUAAUUCCUCCUGCAACGCUGUGAUAACACAUGUGAAAUGUUGCCAACCAGGAAAGCUCGUUAGAGACUUGGUGGCCGGGGGUUUAUCAAGGGCUGGUCACGUGGGCACCCUCGGCCAGUUACAUGCUCAAAUUCUGGACCCUCAGAAGGAAAGCAGGUGUUCACCAUAGACCAUAUUGUUCGCACAGUUUAGACACUCAUCCAUGGUGUGAAUCCUCCCCAAAUCUAAGUUCCUGGCUGUAAGCCAGUGUCCGACCUUGGAAGCAGGCCUUUGAAAGGCUAGUAGUCAGGCAUCCUUUGCUGUAUUAACUCAUCAGUACAACCAUAGUUUCAAAGAGCUUAAUUUCACAAAUGGCAGAUGUCUAACGAGAGGAGGAAAAAUCAGUAUGUUGGGAAUGGCCAGAGAAAGUAGCUAAGUACUUUUGAGUUUCACUCUCCUCUUACAGAGGAGGCAAACUGAGUCGUAGAGAAGCGCAGGGCAUAGAAGGACGAUAGCCGAAGAUCCGUAUUUGGUGGUAGAGUGUUGACAGUUGGGUAAAGAAAGGAGUGUGCAACUUCUAGAAGGCCUCAAAAGCUGGGGAAAAUAUGGAGGAUGUGAUAGAGAAGUAGAACAUCCUGCUAGAACUGAGGAGAAAGUGCUGUUGAGGAUUCCUUGAUGAGCAGUGGGUACGCAGGGUUCAGGGGAGGAGACGAUAUUCAGGAAGACCCACGAGGGAGCAUUUGCAGUGAUACCCAGUGUCGGAUUAAGAAGAUUUAGACUACUAAAGUAGGUUUUCAAAUAAUUGGAGGAAUGGGGGAUCAAGCUGAGAGAUGGUGUGGGAGAAGCUAUGGCAAGGGUGAAAACAAGAUAUUUCAGUUGAAACAUUUUUAAGAAUUAUUAUAGUCAGAGUUUCCUUUUGAAGUUGUUAGUAGGCAAUGGAUAUUUGAAGGUCAACAUUUAUGAUUUUUAUAUUAUGUAACAAGUAAAGAAAUGGGACACAAUGAAGUCUACUUCUAUUUCAAGGAAUGAUGUUGACAAAAAAAUAUAUAUGUUUUAUAUAUAUAUAUGCAUGUAUUUUGAACAUUUCACUAAUUAAUCAAAAUUGAAAGAAGAAUAAGAAUUUUCUAUCAGCACUGCCUUUGUUUGGAAUUAAAUGUUUCCAUACUAAUGUAAAUGCCAAAAAAUAAAUCAACUUUUAAAUUUC